UGUGCUUGCCUUUUUCAGAUGGGACAUUGAAGGCUAAACUUCUUUUUCUCGGUAUGAAUGUUGAAAAAAUCCAUGGUACUCUUAUAGUUCCCAGUGCUGAAGUCUAUUUCUAUUCAGUGAGGCAAUUAUGUUCUGGCUUGAAUUUCAACUUAUACUGCUUUCCUGGCCUGGAGCCUGUAAGACUGGGCUUUGUCCUCAGGUGUUUGGCACUUCUUUCUUUUCUUCCCUGCUGGCUGAAAUGUGGGCUGAGUUGGCUUUCAACAUCCAUGCAGAAGUAGCUGCAUUUUUUGAUGUGCUUCAUGUGGAGAACCUAAACUGACUGACUGACUUCAUUAAGCAGAGUUCCCGUUCCUCUGAGGCAGCUGAAGAUGAAAAGGACCAGCGUACAGUGACAGUCAAUCCCUCCCACAUGAGAAAGGCUUUCAAGGUCAUGAAUGAAUUACGGAGCAAGCGGCUCCUGUGUGAUGUGGUGAUUGUGGCCGAAACCGUGGAGAUGGAAGCUCACCGGGUGGUGCUGGCAGCCUGCAGCCCUUAUUUUUGUGCCAUGUUUACAGGAGACAUGUCUGAAAGUAAGGCCAAGAAGAUUGAGAUCAAAGACGUGGAUGGGCAGACCCUGAGGAAGCUGAUUGAUUACAUCUACACUGCUGAGAUCGAGGUCACGGAGGAGAAUGUGCAGGUUUUGUUGCCAGCUGCCAGUUUAUUGCAACUGAUGGAUGUUAGAAAAAACUGCUGUGACUUCCUGCAGUCCCAGCUGCACCCCACAAACUGCCUUGGCAUCCGCGCCUUCGCCGACGUGCACGCCUGCAGCGAGCUGCUGCAGCAGGCCAACGCCUACGCAGAGCAGCACUUCCCUGAGGUGAUGCUAGGAGAAGAAUUUCUUAGCCUUAGUCUGGACCAGGUUUGCAGUUUAAUAUCAAGUGACAAGCUCACAGUCUCCUCUGAAGAAAAGGUCUUUGAAGCAGUUAUCUCUUGGAUAAAUUAUGAGAAGGAAUCUCGCUUAGAGCACAUGGCUAAGCUGAUGGAGCACGUUCGCCUGCCUCUUUUGCCCAGAGAUUACCUGGUACAGACAGUCGAAGAAGAAGCUUUAAUCAAGAAUAACAACACCUGUAAAGACUUCCUUAUUGAAGCCAUGAAAUAUCAUUUGCUUCCUCUGGAUCAAAGGCAACUAAUAAAGAAUCCCAGGACAAAGCCAAGGACCCCCGUUAGCUUGCCAAAGGUGAUGAUUGUGGUGGGUGGGCAAGCACCCAAAGCCAUUCGCAGUGUGGAGUGCUAUGAUUUUGAGGAGGAGCGGUGGGAUCAGGUUGCUGAGCUUCCCUCACGGAGAUGCAGAGCAGGCGUGGUGUUCAUGGCUGGCAAUGUCUACGCCGUGGGGGGCUUUAACGGCUCGCUGCGGGUGCGCACGGUGGACGUGUACGACGGCGCCAAGGACCAGUGGACGUCCAUCGCCAGCAUGCAGGAGCGGCGCAGCACGCUGGGCGCCGCCGUGCUCAACGACCUCCUCUACGCCGUGGGUGGCUUUGAUGGCAGCACUGGUCUGGCAUCAGUUGAGGCCUAUAGCUAUAAAACCAAUGAGUGGUUUUUUGUGGCUCCCAUGAACACAAGAAGAAGCAGUGUUGGAGUUGGAGUUGUGGAGGGGAAGCUGUACGCCGUGGGCGGCUACGACGGCGCGUCGCGGCAGUGCCUGAGCACGGUGGAGCAGUACAACCCCGCCACCAACGAGUGGACCUACGUGGCUGACAUGAGCACGCGGCGCAGCGGGGCAGGUGUUGGUGUGCUCAGUGGGCUGCUCUACGCCACCGGGGGCCACGACGGGCCCUUGGUGAGGAAGAGUGUGGAAGUCUAUGACCCAGGGACAAACACCUGGAAGCAAGUAGCAGACAUGAAUAUGUGUAGAAGAAAUGCAGGUGUGUGUGCUGUGAAUGGUCUCCUCUACGUGGUGGGAGGUGAUGAUGGUUCCUGCAAUUUGGCCUCGGUGGAGUACUACAACCCCAGCACAGACAAGUGGACCUUGUUGCCAUCCAGCAUGAGCACAGGGAGGAGUUAUGCAGGUGUGGCUGUGAUUCACAAACCCUUGUGACACACAAUCAAGCCAAUGUGAGGAGCAGAAGUGAAGUGGAUCCAGCUAGGUGGUGUUGGGAAGAUGACUGACCUCUGACUUGACCCAUCUCAUUGCUGUUAAUGUCUUAGCAUGACAAGUGAUACGUUGCCAGCAUCAUCCACUCUGCAGUGGAUUGCAUAGCCAAGUGAAAAUCCCUCUGGGGACAUGUUCCAUGCUAGACACGAGGUGUUGCUUGUUAUCUGUGGUGCAAUCAGCUGUUCUUCUCGAUGGCAUGUGUCCUGAGAUAAACACUGUGCUUGGACUGCAGGCACGGGAUUUUUUGUGUGAAACAAAACUGCUACGUUUGGGCAUGUGAGUAAAAAUGAACAUUUCUGGAUUUCUUCCCUACUGAUGCUCCGUGCACAUUGUUGGUUGAACUACUUACUCACUGUGCCUGGAGGGUGGACUUUAUACUGGCAGGGGAAACUUCUGAGUUCCAACAGAUAAAAACAGCAGAAAUGAACUGGAACAGGGUGGUCUGGCUCGAGUGUGACGCUGUCUCAGCCAUACGUUUGUACAUGCCACUGGACUGCUGUAUGUAUCCCUGAAAUGCUUGUGGAAAUAAACACCAUGUGGUUUUUCUA